AUGUAUGAGAAGAUAGCUGUGGAUGUCGAAGGGACCAGUGCUUCAAUCCAAAGUAAUUUUAAAAUGGCAGAGCACGGCUCCUUGAGCGAAGAGCAAGAACCAGAACCACCAGAGAAGCACCCAAGAGGAGCCAAUCAGAGGGACAAGAGUGAUGAAGAUGAUGAUCUGAUCUUUGUUGGGAGGCAAGAUGCACAUAAAGAUUCUGACAUCCUCUUUGUCAAGGUGGUUUCAAGUUCAAAACCGGUUAUUUCAAACAUUUUGAACAGAGUCACUCCAGGCUCGCAUUCAAAACGAAAGAUAGGCCACCUCAGUCAAGACAGGGCUCAUGUGUCGCCAUCCAGAAUGAACGUGAGCCCAGUGGUCACAGCAAAAGCUGCCCUGCCAAAUUCUCAGUCUGGACGGACAUCAACAGAUAGUUCCAUCAGCACCGAGUCUUCGUCCAGCCUUACUCAUAAAAUGAGCUCACUACAAGUCAUUCCUCCUGAUGAGUCAAAGCGACCCUUCACUGCUGAUAAGAUCAGCAGAAGUCCCAAAAGAUCUAAACUCAAGGAUGAAAUCCCAAGUGUACAUUCUUCAGCCGUGACCCCGUCUGGCAGCUCUCCUAAAAUGGACAUGUGUGCAACAUCAAAAAGCAUCUGCUCAUCAAGCUAUGCUCAGAAUGGGACACCCUUUCCUCGGGCUUACGCUAAUGACAAGGCACCUUUUGCUCUCAGAGAUCCAGACCCAGGAAAUAGCUCUGGAGGUCUGAGGAAAACAGGCUUAGCAAGUCUAACAAUUGAGAAGAAUACCUUUGAUCCCAAGAAAGGAAGUCUGGUCCUGUUACUCAGUGACUUUUACUAUGGACAACACAAAGGAGAUGGGCGGCAAGAAGCGAAGACCUACACAACCUUUAAAUGCCUCAGCUGCUUGAAAGUUCUGAAAAACACUAGAUUUAUGAAUCACAUGAGACACCAUUUGGAACUUGAGAGGCAGAUGGGUGAUAGCUGGGAAAACCACACCACUUGCCAGCACUGCCACCGGCAGUUUCCAACUCCAUUCCAGCUGCAGUGUCACAUUGACAGGGUGCACACUAGCCAGGAGCCCUCUGCUAUCUGUAAAAUCUGUGAACUGUCAUUUGAAACAGACCAAGUUCUCUUACAACACAUGAAGGACAAUCAUAAGCCUGGGGAAAUGCCCUACGUGUGCCAGGUUUGCAAUUACAGGUCAUCAGCCUUUGCUGACGUGGAAACACAUUUUAGAACGUGCCAUGAAAACACUAAGGAUCUGCUUUGUCUGUUUUGUCUUAAAAUUUUCAAAACUGCAAAUUCAUACGUGAAUCAUUGUUGGAGACACUGGAACAAGAAGAGAGCCUUCCCGUGUUCCAAGUGCCGGCUACAGUUUUUGAAUCUGAAGGAGGAAAUGGAGCAUAAAACCAAGAAUCAUCAAACAUUUAAAAAGCCAGAGCCACUGGAAGGGUUGCCUCCUGGAACAGAGGUCAUUAUUCAAUCUUCAGUUCACCCAUCAUCGAGAGGUAUAGAAUCCAUUGUUGUGAGAAACACUGACUCCUGCCUGUCACCUGUGAAAACUAAAAAGAGGAAAGCUAGAUAUUCUGGAUCCUCUUGCAGCCAGGGUGCUAGCUAA